AUGACACGAAAUGGACUGGAUAUUCACGGAGACACCACCCCGCCACUUUCCCCCCUCCUCGCCGUACCCGGGGGAGAUCAGUCACUGCGAAUCCCCAAGAACAAGAGCACUGGAAAUCUCUACCCCGUUAGGUACGAUGCACCGGCAUUGUCUCAGAGAACGCGGUUCUCCUUUGACGCGGGGACCGCUCAAGAGAUGAACAACCUGAAAAGGGCUGCUCGUGUCGACCAUGAUGGCUUGGGUAGGUCUGGGCUUCGACGAAUCAGACGACAAGGGCCGUCACUACGGACGCCGACGCUGAUCUUGGAAUCUGGGGAGUUCGUUGCUCCUGUGCUUCAUCACUCCAAGACUGCGCCAAUAUCGGGCUCAUCCAGCAGGUCCGUCUCAAUCGGUCAUAUGAUGAGCGGACCAUCCUCUCCUGUGAUAGAAGAUCUCCAUCGGUUUCCGUCCGAAUCCCUCCACUCGUUCUCUUUUGCCAAACAAUCCGAAGAGAUCCUGCACAGCAGACAGAACAUCCUCCAGAAGUCGAUCGACUUUGUGAGAGACCGUUCCGCAUGGGCCGCGAACCCAGCACUGGCUGACGCGCAAGCGCGAGUUAGUGGAGAUCCGGAGCUUCAAGGCAUGAUGGACCUGCUCAAGAAGGCCAACAUCAUCCCCCCCAUCGACACAAGCGCCACGAGAUCUAAGGCGGUUGGGCUGGGGCCACUCACCGGUCCAGCUCAUGUCGACGGACGCAAUGUCUUCGAAAAGAGCUUCAGCCAGGAGCUAGAGAAUGCCGAACAAGCGAUUGCGAGCCCUGAUCUGGAGGAAGCAAUGGAAGGACGAAAAUAUUCAAUAGACGAAGAUAUGUCGCCGAACGAACCUGGUCUUGAAAUGCAGAUACCGCCAACCAGAUCAGGCUCAAUAGACGCGCCACGCCGGACCGGGCUCAAGAGAACCUACACUGAUGUGCACUCUGCAUCUCUCCAGCAGAAGCUUAUAGAAGCUCUCGCACAGCCAUACUCCGUCGAUGACAACAAUACUGUGCAGAGCGCCGUGUAUACAUCUUCAAUAGCAGGUGUUCCUGCCACGCCUACCACCGGAAAUGCCUCGUCCGUUCAUACCCACAGCAGCAAGUGGUCGCCUGCGCACCAGGCUGUUUUCCGCACAACAGCUGACGCUCCUUGGACGAUCCUAGCAGCCAAUGAUCUGGCUUGCCUGAUUUUUGGAGUGACACGAGCAGAACUCCGGUCUUUGAGUAUCCUUGGUAUUAUACAGGAAGAAAGAAGGCAAUGGUUGGAGACGAGACUGUCGCGACCUGAAGAAGUUCAGGAACCGAAGUCCCCGCCCCCUCCAAAGAGUGAAGCGAGGAGUACUAGCCUCUCAUUGGUAGGGUCAAGAAGCGGUAUUACAGCUCGGCUACUUAGUAAAGCUCCCUCUCGAGCUAACAAAACUUCAGAAAGAGCAAGGACGGACGAUGGCUCUGGCGGCCACUAUAGCCCCAAGCCUAAAAACCACCCGUCAAACAAAUCUAGGGGCGUCCUGCUUUGCGGAGACAUCGUGCCCAUUCAGAGACGAGAUGGCAGCAAGGGCGCCGCCAGUUUUUGGGUUAUGGAAAAGCGUGGUGGUCUCAUCUGGGUGAUCGAGGAGAUCACCGAAGAUGUCGCAUACCUCGAUAUUGACCAUUCGGGCGAGGUGAAAAGCGCUCAUGGUGAACUCCUCGCCAUCUGGGGCCGAUCUGACCUCGACGGCAUACACCUCAAGUCUCUCCUUCCAAAAUUCCCCUUGGAUGCACUGGACUCCCACGACAAACAUUAUAUAGGAUAUUUCACAGCGGAAACCGCUGAACAUGUCCAGGUUCCCACCACCGUAGAGGUGUCGCCUACGGGAGACCAGCUCCGGGUCUCCAGUUUGCCACACAUAGCCGGGGUCAUGGUCUUGGAUCCAGAUUCUCUCAAAAUCACGAGCUCGAACAGCAUAUUCUCCGCGGCGCUGUUUGGUCAUCCGAAGCUCGAUGGUUUACACAUCGCCAACCUGAUUCCCAGCUUCGAGGAUGUUUUGAGCAUUUUAAAGCAGGAUGAUGGUGUCGAUCUCGUCGAUGGGAUUGUCGUACCAGAACACAGUUUUCGUCGGGCGCGAACCAUUCUCUCCCUCCGAGAAGGGAAAGGAAAUCCUGCUCACAUAUUCUUGCGGCCGUGUGGUGUUCCCGCUAGACACCGAGAUGGAUCGGACAUCAUGGUCGAUAUUCAGAUGAGAGUCAUCCGCAGUGAGACCGUCUUCCCCAUGUCAGACGAGGCAGUGAUCGAGGAAAAGGAUGAGUCCCGUGCGGAAUCAAGUGUUGCGGUGGCAGAGCUCGUCUACGCACUCUGGAUCAUAUAUUCCCGCAAUAUUCAUGGUGUGGCAGUCGGCCCAAGCGAUCACGACCAUUUGACGCAUGAGCGCCCCCUGUCGCCACCAUCGCAACCGGAACCACCGCUAACUCUUCCCUCCCCACCCCCAGUGCCUUCAGACAGAUCUGGAGACAGCUCUCAGCUGUCGCUUGUGGCUGACCAAUCCGAUGAGACAGAAUCCAUCACCAUGGAUGAGCCGCUUGAACAUCCACCUCCCCACAUGACAUAUAUUUCUCACAAGAAAAAGACUAUUGAUGACUUUAUAAUCUUAGAAGAGAUGGGCUCCGGAGCAUACGGCCAGGUCAAGCUUGUCAGGUAUAAAAAGGGCCAGUCGAGGAAGAUGGUUUUGAAGUAUGUGACCAAGAAGCGCAUCCUGGUCGACACCUGGACCAGAGAUCGCAGGUUGGGUACCGUUCCGUUGGAGAUCCACGUCCUAGAUUACCUUCGUCGAGAUGGGCUCCGACACCCCAAUAUCGUGGAGAUGAUUGACUUCUUUGAGGAUGACAUCAAUUAUUACAUCGAAAUGCUUCCUCAUGGUAUUCCCGGGAUGGACCUGUUCGACUACAUCGAGCUGAGGACGAAUAUGACCGAGGCCGAGAGUCGGAACAUCUUUCGCCAGGUCGUGGAUGCCAUUCACCAUCUUCAUACCAAGGCUCUUGUGGUGCAUCGAGACAUCAAGGACGAGAAUGUUGUUUUGGAUGGCGAAGGGCGAAUCAAAUUGAUUGACUUUGGUAGCGCGGCGUACAUCAAAAAUGGGCCAUUUGACGUGUUUGUGGGAACUAUAGACUAUGCCGCUCCAGAAGUUCUUCAUGGAAAGCCCUAUGGCGGCAAGGAACAAGACGUAUGGGCAUUGGGCAUAUUGUUAUAUACAAUUGCGUAUAAAGAAAAUCCCUUUUAUAAUUUAGACGAAAUCCUCGAUCACCCGCUGCGGGUACCGUUCUUGCCAUAUUCUGAGGAGUGUCUAGAGCUCAUUCGCAAGAUGCUGGACCGAGACGUGGACAGGCGUAUCACCAUUGAAGAAGUGCUUGAUGACCCUUGGCUUGAAGAAGAUGAUGACUGA